AUGGUGUCUUACCGUGAUUAUGAAAUUUACCUACUCAUUCUUCUGCUGGUAAAGUUUCACGGGUCAGGGGGUUUGGAUUUGCAUUUCAUUCAGGAACCUUCCAAUCCAAGCUACUUUAACAAUGGCAGUGACGCCAACCUAGUUUGGGACUACACUGAUCCACAAAAUAAGAUUCAGUACGUUAUCUAUAGUGUUCUGGUAGAUGGUACAUUUGUCAGAAUGAUGCUUAGCAACAGUCAGGGUGUCCAAGAACAUCCUAACAUUCCUUCAUGCUACAAAGGAAGAGUUAAAAUUGAAGCAAGAGCUACCCUGGUUGUCAAUAACAUCAACCCUGCAGACAAUACCAAAUUUAGAUGUAGUGUUUAUGGACUAGUAGGGACGAUCGAAAGUACAGUGCAGCUUAUUGUGGCAGAGGCACCACUUAUAAACCUCUCUUUAGGAGGAAACUAUUACAUUGAGGGAUCCCCUGUCACCAUAGCCUGUAAAGCUUCUGGGAAACCACUGCCGGAUGUAGCAUGGAUCAGAAAUGGAGUAUUGGAAAGUUCAGGGAAGAAAACUGCUUUCUUAAAGUUUGAUAAUAUAAAUAGAACUGAUGCAGGACAAUAUACAUGUCGAGCCAAUAACUCAGUGGAAGUCACUUCCAUCGACACAACAAUUGUAGUCCACUACAAACCUGAAGGUGCAAGGCUCACUACCAAUGCUUCACAAAAUACCGUCAUUGAAGGGGACACAGUUAUAUUCACGUGCAUAGUUAUGGCGGCUGUGCCAAAAGUGUCAAUUUACAAGUUCUAUUUCAAUGGUCACCUCCUAAGUGGGAACAAUAACAGUCAGUAUACUCUGAAUAAGGUCAAUCGAUCUCAGCACUAUGGCGAGUACAAAUGUGUCCCACAUAAUGACGCUGGGGGUGGAGCAGAAGCCACUGUGAGACUUGACGUAAAUGUUCCUGUCCAGUUUACAGAAGUGCCACAGAAUAUAACAGUUAACACGUCAACUCCUCUGUUUUUGAGUUGUGAUGCCUCGGGUUUUCCUGAACCUCAGAUAAGAUGGGAAAAAUCUGGGAUUACUUUGUCCCACACCAGACAGUUGAACCUCUCCAGUAGUAAUAGGAACGAUGCAGGAGAAUAUGUUUGCAUCGCAACCAAUGGGGGAAGACAGGAAAAGACAGUAAGAGCUUAUGUCGUUGUGCAAUACCCGCCCACAAUUCAAAAUAUCACCACGUCAUCUAAGAAGUCUUGGAUUGGCCAGACAGUGACUUUGAAGUGUCUUUCUGAUGGUGUUCCUACACCAACACUCUCUUGGUACAAACCUGAAGGAAGUGAAAUAAACAGAGUCAGAGCCAGAGAAAACAAAGUACAAUUGCCACUCGGGGGUGAUCAAGAUUUUGGUCAUUACAAAUGCAUUGCUGCCAAUGGACUUAUCCCAUCCGAUGAGAAAUCAAUAAAGAUAAAUCAGAUAAAGAGACCAGGGAAAGCAUCUAUCAACUCAUCAGAAUUAGUCAUUCAAGCAACUUAUAUAACAAUACGAUGGACUGCACCAGCUGAUGAUGGAGGAAGUCCAAUUAUAGGAUACCGAAUGAUCUUACAAAAAGGUGAAACUGAGAUAGAAAAGGAUAAUAUCACCGAUUCUGAGACGACAAGUUAUUCGUUUCGUGGUUUGGAGAAAAAUACCAACUACACGGUGAAACUGUUUUCCAGAAAUUUUGUUUUCGAGGGAGAUCCUACUGUAAGGAGAAUUAGGACUAUAUUUGAAGGUGAGAAAUCACAAGUGAUGUCGUGA